GAUUCUUUAAUAUUAGAGAUAAAAUAUGUUUGUAAAGUCGAAAUUUUUAGUAAGACUCAGACUUCUUACUAAGAGCCUAGGUUUGACUAGUUGUAGAAAUAUGUCGAUGUUUAAGGGAACUGUGCGUACGUUGGAUACAGGGGUAGGAUUCAUUCCGCAUAUGGAGAAGAGACAUAAGGGCGGGGAGGAUGCAUACUGUACUUCAGAUACGAUGGUGGCUGUAGCUGAUGGAGUAGGAGGAUGGGCUGACUCUGGAGUUGACCCAGCGUUAUAUUCGAGGAGACUUUGUCUUAAUAUUAAGGAUAGGUACCUGAAGGAUAGAGAUAAGGGCAUCGAUGCGAUUCAUUCGACUCUGAAUAAUCCAAAGGAGCUGUUAACUAGAGCUGUGGAGGAAACAAGGGAGAGGGGAAGUAGCACCGCUGUGAUAUGAAUGCUCGAUAGCCAGAAGGAUUAUUUACACACUGCCAAUUUAGGAGAUUCUGGGUAUAUUUUACUGAGAAAGAGUGGAUAUGACCUUAUCACACUUUUCAGAUCAAAAGAGCAGACUCAUGGUUUCAACUUCCCUUAUCAAGUUGGAGUUGGAGGGGAUGAUCCCCAAUCAGCAGAUGUAAAAGUUCAUGAGGUUCAAAAUAAUGAUAUCCUAGUUGUAGGAACUGAUGGUUUGUUUGAUAAUAUGUAUGAUAAGCAAAUAACAGAAGUAAUCAGUCCUUUUAUAAAAGAACAAGAUGACCUCUUAGAUGCAGGAUUAGUUGCGGAUAUGCUUUCCAAACAAGCUGAGAAAUUAUCCCUCAAUACUAAUUGGAACUCUCCAUUUGCAAAGAGUGCUUAUGAUCACUUUUACGAUUACAAAGGAGGGAAACAUGAUGAUAUCACAGUGUUGGUAUCUCAAAUAAGGAUCAAACAUAUUGAAUAAUUUCCACCGUCAG